AUGGCCGCGGAGACUAUCCCUACCUUUAAGCUCGUUCUCGUUGGUGACGGUGGCACCGGCAAGACGACGUUCGUCAAGCGUCACUUGACUGGCGAGUUCGAAAAGAAGUACAUCGCCACCCUCGGCGUCGAGGUCCACCCGCUUUCUUUCACCACCAACUUCGGCACCAUCUGCUUCAACGUCUGGGACACGGCAGGCCAGGAGAAGUUCGGUGGUCUCCGUGACGGCUACUACAUUCAGGGCCAGUGUGGUAUCAUCAUGUUCGACGUGACGUCGCGCAUCACGUACAAGAACGUCCCCAACUGGCAUCGUGAUCUCGAGCGUGUUUGCGAGAACAUCCCGAUCGUGCUCUGCGGUAACAAGGUUGACGUGAAGGAGCGCAAGGUGAAGACUGCGGCGGUGACCUUCCACAGGAAGAAGUCCCUCCAGUACUUCGAGAUCUCCGCCAAGUCCAACUACAACUUCGAAAAGCCCUUCCUCUGGCUUGCGCGGAAACUCGUCGGCAACCCCACCCUCGAGUUCGUGGCUGCGCCCGCACUCGCGCCCGCUGAGGUUACGGUCGAUGCUGCCCUUAUGGAGCAGUACAACCGCGAGCUCGCCCAGGCCGAGGCUGUCCCGCUUCCCGAGGAAGACGACGACCUGUAG